AUGAAGGAUGCCUUGGUUGUUAGGGCAGUGGGCUGCCGAGCUCACUGCAGCCGCUCCUUUGUCGUCCAAACGCCACAACAGCACCGCCAUCGGGGACGUCCAGUGCAUCGGAGGAUCGCCGUAGUUGACGGAAACGACGUCAGGGGUAGGUUGCUGACUCUCUCGGACGUUCCUCUCCUCCUUCUCCUUCUGGUUCGCGUUUGGGUGGCUGCCUCAGCCUACGACCGCCGUUGUUAUCGGGAACUGCCGUAUUGCUGCCGUAGUGCCGCUGCUGUCGUCGAUGGUACUGUUGUUGCCGUCACUAUACACCACCGAGGGUGGUUACGUCCCGAAUCCGAGCAAAGAAGUGUCAUGGAGUGUUGCUGCUUGUCGGGAACGAAAGAAGCCGCUGCCACCACCGAGAAGUGGUGGCUGCCAACCCAAAAACCAUUCUGA